AUGAGGCUCUACAACUGUAGAUUCCUGUCCAGAUGUUUUCCUGUUGAACCUUGCAGCAUAAGUAGCGCCGCUAAGAGCUGCUAUAAGCGAUCGAUUUACCACUCCAGCGCUGCUCUCACAAAUGCUACCAAUGGAAGAGAGACGCCUAACAAACUACAUUCAGAUCUGCAUAGCGCUUUGGAGAUGGUCGAUGAAAUAUACGACACGAAUUCUACGGCAGAGGACGUUGGAAACAAGGACAAGGGUGGUCGACAAAAGUAUACGGAAGAAAUGGACAAGGCGAUUAAUCUGCUAAAAACAAAUAUAAAGAAGGAGUGUAGACAUGAUAAAUAUUUGGAGCACACAAGAGUAAGAAUGCAUCCCACUAGCAGAAAUUAUCCUACUAGGAGAACGUAUCCCACUAGGAGAACGUAUCCCGCUAGUAAAACAUAUCCCGCUAGCAGUUCAUACACUUUUCGGAUAAAUGUCCAAAAGAUCAAGCACGCAUUAGUACGUUACAAUCAAGAUGGAGGUCGAGGAGACGACCAGAAGCCUCCUAGAAUAGGUCAUGGAUUAACGAGGGUGUUAUAUCAACCAUUAUCGUUACAAAAAUUGAGGGAUAACAGAAGCAGAAUGUAUAACUUUGACCCUGCUGUGGAAAAUAUCAAUCCAGGGUAUCUGGAAAGAAAAAGUGAAAAAGACGUGAAUACUGAUUCCUCUGGGGAAGGACAAGCCGAGCCAAUAUUUAUCACACCCCACAAAGAUGAAUCUCUGUUGAAGGUUGCCAAAGAACAUAAAAAGAAGUACAUAUCUUCAUCAAGCUCUAUGACCUCUGUACUUUCUCAGUUACACUACCUAUUAUCCAAUUUUAGAAGAUUGAAUAUCAUUGACUCUUCGAUAUCGAAGAAUUUUCCUCAAAAAAACUGCAACUAUUCGGAAAGUGCAUAUUUCCCCUCAGCAGUCAUUCUGAGGAAGAAGAGAAAUGGCAUUUGUUCCAUUGAUUCAGAUAGAAGUCUGGAUAGAGAAAUCGUCCUCUCUGUAUUAGGACAUUAUCUUGAAGACUUCCUGACGGAAAAGUCUUUGAAUAGUUCGAAAAGUGAGAACUAUCAUUAUUCUAGCAUAGACGAAUUCAUUGUGCGCUCUCAAUUGGACGCCUACGACCCGAAUCUACCUGGAACCGGUGUAUUUGAUCUAAAGACAAGAGCAGUUUCUGCGAUAAGGUACGACUUAUCGCAUGUAGAGAAUAAUAACAAUCGAACUGGAUAUGAGAUAGAUAAGGUUUAUGGGGAAUUUGAGUCACUGGAAAGAGAAUAUUUUGAGCUAAUAAGGUCUGCUCUUUUAAAGUAUUCGCUGCAAGCUAGACUUGGCAAAAUGGAUGGUAUUUUCGUUGCGUAUCACAAUAUUUCUAAGAUGUUUGGAUUCCAAUAUCUACCUUUGGAUGAAUUAGAUUACAUAAUUCAUUCUUCGUAUAACAGCAGAUUCGAUAGUUUAUUGGAGCAGAAGAAUGAAAUCAUAAAGGGAAUAUAUGGUGAGGAGGACUACAUUCUACACUAUGACAGGGACGAUAGGAAGAUUGCUUGCUUGGUGGCUAAUAGAGAAUUUAAGAUGUCCAUGAACUUGUUCAGUAAUAUCUUGAAACACGUUGAGCAGUUACUGAACUCAAGUAGUACGAAAUGGGAAAAAUGCAAAAUAAUGCUUAAAACCGAAGUUGAAGAAAAACAGUCCAAAAAUGGCCGCUUCUUCAACGAACCGGUGCUAAAUAUUGUAGCACUACCGUUGUCAUCAGAAUACGAAGAUAAGUCGCUAUUGGUAAAGGACACUUCGAACGAACAAUUAACAAAGGAGCUAAAAAACCUUCGCUCAUAUAACGAAAAUCUUCUGGAAGGGAGCCUGAAUUCCUUAAUUGGCUUCAAAGUAAACGUCAAGCACUUCUACCACCACCAUCCUAAUACUACGCACGUACCCGCCUUUGCUUCAAAAAAGAAUGAUAUUCUCGACACCGAAGCUCGUAAAUAUAUUUCCGACGUGAUGAAACGAGACUGGUACAAAGAUAUACCAUCUACACAGACUCCAAACUUUUUCCACGCGUCCGAUAUUUCCACUUGGGAGGUGAACUCUACCUUCACAGAUAUUAUUGACAAGCGAGCUUUACGACAAUUAUACUUAAAAUAUCUGGAUGUUAAGUUAAAUGCGUUGAAAAAUCAAGUCAUCACACGCCAGAAACCCGAUAUAUCUAAAAAGGACGAAAUUAUAAAUCGAAUCAAAUCAUUACGAACCCGCAGGGAUCACCAUGAUAGUGGAAGUAGCAAAAGAUCUUCUAAUUUUGGCCCUACGCGACUACAAAUAAAAUUGCGCGCAUAUGCUAAAAAGGGUGCUCUUCGAAGGAAGCUAUUGGAAGGAGCAACAAGUUCCAUGUCUAAAAGUCAGUAA